UUUCAGAGAAUAUGUGCCAUAUGCCUUUGUGCCAUGAAACCGGGCUGUGGUCAUGCGCUCUUCACUGCAGAAUGCUCGCAUAUGUUCCACUUCCACUGCAUCUCAUCGAGCAUAAAGCACGGUAAUUCUCUGUGUCCGGUUUGUAGAGCCAAGUGGAGUGAGAUUCCCCUCCUCAGCCCCCCCGCCUUCGAUGUAACUCUUGGACAAGCUCAAGCGAACCCAAUCGUAGACUUUGUGAACCAGGUACACCGGUACCUUCCUCUCUACCGUGAUGAAGAGCCGGCCGCUUUCAAUGAUGAUCAGCCUAUAGUUUUGCAGUCCGAAACAGUUCAAAUUCCCCAAACUGAAUCUGAUAGAAGAGUGGAGUUAAGGACAUAUCCGGAAUUCUCUGCGAUUCCGCAAUCAUCCUCGCACGAAGACUUUACUAUAUUGAUACAUGUCAAAGCCCCUCAUCCUACUUCGACGAGCGUGCAAUCUUCGCGUGCUCCUAUAGACCUCGUCGCGGUCGUUGAUGUAAGUGGCAGCAUGGCGGGAACGAAACUUGCACUUUUGAAGCGUGCGUUAGGGUUUGUGAUCCAGAAUCUCGGAACAUCUGAUCGGCUCUCCGUCAUUGCAUUUUCAUCCAUGGCCCGUCGGCUCUUCCACCUCCGUCGUAUGUCAGAGUCUGGUCGGCAUGCAGCCCUGCAGGCUGUCAAUUCGCUGGUUGCUAAUGGCGGCACCAACAUAGCAGAGGGAUUGAAGAAAGCUGCCAAGGUGUUCGAUCAACGGCGUCUUAAGAAUCCAGUUGGUAGCAUCAUCCUCCUUUCCGAUGGACAAGAUACAUAA